AUGCGGACGCUGCUGCUCCACGCGCCGGCGGAGCUGCGCGUGCAGGUGCUCGCCUGUCAGCUGGCCAUGGCGCGCUCAAAGCCGCUGCUCGCGUUGCGCGCGCUGCGAAAGGCGCUAAUUGGGGGGCGCGGGAAGGGGGGGGGGCGGGAGUCUGACGUUUCCCUGACGUUUCCUUCCGCGCUCUCGCUCGGCGCCGCGGACGCGCAGGCCAGCCUAGCGGUGUGCAAGGAGGCCCUCGCCCUCCUCGAGCCCGGAGGCGCGCUCGCGGACGCCGCUGCCGCCGCCGCCUUCCGACAAAAGGCGGUGGCGCGGUUCCCGCACGCGCCGGCCUUCGGCGGCGGCAGCGGCGACGAGCCUCCCCCGCCGCCGAGCGGAGAGUGAGCGCGCGGCGGGCGGGAGGGGAGCGUCGGGGGGGGGAUGCGGAGCCGGCCGAUCGGAGUGGUCGUUCUCUCUGACGACAUUCGGCGCGCCCGCCUGGCCCCUGCUCCCCUCCUGCGCCCAUCCCCCGGCGGCUCCGGCCGACACCGCGCCGAGGCCGUGGCGCCGCUGUCGCCACCGGGCCGGGGGACCGGGCCCCUCGCAUGACGCUUCUCUUACCGUCCUGGCACGCCACUACACCGGGACCGGGGUUUACGGCGACCUCUCGUCCCUCUCCAUCUCUUUUCUCACCCGUCCGCUCUGCAGAUCAGCGGUGACCGGUGUGUGUGGCGAUCCCAUCGCCCUCGCAAAGAGAAGAUAAUACAGACGUGC